AUGAAGUGCCACAUUUCAGGCUGUGGUUCCUCUCGACGUGGUCACAAACAAAUGCUGUGUCCGUCUCGGAGUACACACCAAUACGAUGUUUGUAUAACGGCUGAACAGUUAUGUGAUGAUGUUGUCGACUGUCCUGGUGGUGAGGACGAGAACCCAACCAAUUGUUUAUUUUAUAAAUCUGUUAGUAGUACACAUUUUGAUUAUACCCAACUAUUUUUUUUUGCAUUCAUUUCUUCGAAUGACUGA